UCAUCCUUUUUCAUCAUCCCUCUCUCUCACUUCACCAAUCAGCACUUAACAUCAUGGGUCUGUCUAUUUCAAAGCUGCUUUCGGGCCUCUUCAGUAAGAAGGAGAUGCGCAUCCUGAUGGUCGGAUUGGAUGCCGCUGGUAAAACCACCAUCCUCUACAAGCUCAAGCUGGGCGAGAUCGUCACGACCAUCCCCACCAUCGGAUUCAACGUCGAGACCGUCGAGUACAAGAACAUUUCUUUCACCGUCUGGGAUGUCGGCGGACAGGAUAAGAUCCGUCCUCUGUGGCGCCAUUACUUCCAAAACACCCAGGGUAUCAUUUUCGUUGUCGAUUCAAACGAUCGCGAUCGUAUCACUGAGGCCCGUGAGGAGCUCCAGCGCAUGUUGAACGAGGACGAGCUCCGCGAGGCUCUUCUCCUUGUCUUUGCCAACAAGCAGGAUCUUCCUAACGCCAUGAACGCUGCUGAGAUCACCGAUAAACUCGGUCUUCACUCUCUUCGCCAGCGCCAGUGGUACAUCCAGGCCACCUGCGCCACCUCUGGAGAUGGUCUUUAUGAGGGUCUUGAGUGGUUGUCGAACAACUUGAAGCGCAGAACCUAAGGAGGAGGAUUACGACGAUGCGAUUUUUUUUAUAAUUCUUGACUCGCUACUAUCAACACCACCGCUUUAUCACAGAAUCCAUCCAUAUAUAAAAAGAGUAGAGAAUGAAGAAAUUCAGUAGUACCUUUCUUGUGCCAUGGUGUGCUCUUUAAUGUGUUUCCAUCGGUCAGGUGUCAGGUGAUGGCUUAUGCGGGCUACUAGACAUCAACUGAGGAUCUCGUCCAUUUUGUU